GGUAUUUGUACGCACCUUUCACAGACAAAACUAUCGACCUGGAUCCAAUAUUUCAACCUUACGGCAGAGCACAGGAUAUCGUACUACCUAAUUUUCCACCUCCUCCAAGUGAAGAGAAACGGGAUUGGCACGAUUAUUUGGCCAUGAAACGCGAUGCCAAGCGUGUGGGCCUUGGUGAACAUGGAGAGGCAGCCAAAUUGAAUAAUUCGAUGGGCGGCUUGCAGCUUAAGCUGUAUAGGAAAUACGGUUUCGAUGCGCUGCUCUCCGACUCUAUAUCUGUGAAUCGCUCGUUGCCCGAUGCACGGCUUUUGACCUGCAAAAAGAAACUGUAUCUGAGUGUACUACCAAUGGCGAGCAUCAUUAUAAUUUUCUUUAACGAGUAUUUGAGUGUGCUGCAGCGCUCUGUGCAUAGUGUAAUUAAUCGCUCACCACCUGAGUUGAUUAAAGAGGUUAUAUUGGUGGACGACUACAGUGAUCGUGAUCAUCUCCACAAGCCGCUAGAGGACUAUAUAGCCGGCCAUUUUACAAAUGUGCGGAUUAUUCGACAACCUCGACGAAUGGGUCUGAUGGCUGCCCGAACUGCAGGUGCACGGAAUGCGACCGCGGAGAUUCUGGUCUUUCUGGACUCCCACAUCGAAGCCAAUCACAAUUGGUUGCCACCAUUGUUGGAGCCUAUUGCACUAAAUAAGCGAAUAGUCGUUACUCCCUCUAUUAAUGCAAUUAGUUUUAACAGUUUCAGUGUAGGUAAAAAAAAAACUUACAGGCGUGAUGGCUUCAUGUGGAAUCUUGUGUAUAUGGAUCUACCACGGCUACCCGAAGACUUGAAGUUUCCGGACAAGCCUUUUAAAAGUCCUAUUAUGAUGGGUGGACUAUUCGCUUUAGCGUCACAGUUCUUUUGGGAGUUGGGAGGAUACGACGAGGGGCUGGAUAUUUAUGGUGGCGAACAAUAUGAGUUAAGUUUCAAAAUAUGGAUGUGUGGAGGCGAGUUGUAUAAUGUGCCUUGUUCACAUGUUGCACACAUCUAUAACCGGAAUAAAAAAAACUAUAAGCUACCAGUUGCACGAUCGAAUUAUUUCAGAAAGAAUAUGAAACGGAUGGCACAAGUGUGGAUGGAUGAUUUCAAACAAUUUGUUCAAAAACCACUUCAUAAUGUCAACGCGGGUGAUCUCACCAAACAAAAAGCGCUGCGAUCUAAAUUAAAGUGCAAAUCCUUCAAGUGGUAUUUAAAAAAUGUGGCAUUUGAUAUUGUAGACAGAUUUCCACCAUAUAUAUAUGCCUCCGGUGCCAUACAAAAUUUGGGAAAUGUCAAUAUGUGUGUGGACGUGCUUGGAAAUGAUACUUUGAAGCCUAUUGGCCUACAUCAUUGUGCCAGAAACUUGAUUCGCCCCAAACAGUCGCAAUUUUGGGUACUCAGCCCCCGUAAAGAAUUGCGCUUACAAUUGCAAAACAAAUAUACAAAAUGCCUAGAGGUCCAUACAUUGAAACGUAAUGCUCCAGUGUGGCAAAGUCCAUGUCACAGAAAUGGGGGAAAUCAGUACUGGAACUACGAUUACAAGACCGGACUUCUACAGUAUCGUAAAGAGGGUGAACGUUGCCUGGAGAUGUUGCCGCUGAAAAAAACGGUGGUCGUCAAUGCGUGCAACAAAAGCAAUAUGUACAUGCAAUGGAACAUCGGAUUUGUUAAUCGGAAAGCGCUUAAAAAUAUCGAAAGUUUGUGAAAUUUGUUGAAGGGCGUUUCAUAACUAAGAUUUUAGAACAGUUAUAGAAAAUCACGAUGGAAAUGCAAGAAUCUGGCGAGCUCAACUCUUAAUUAAAAGCUUCUGAUAAAAGCUUCCCUUUUCAGCCGGAAUCUCCGACCAAGAACGGUCUCUGAGA